UCUCUCCAUCGGCAGCACCGAAGCAUCAAACACCCAAUUCCUUCACCAUCCUUCCAUAACACAAAGGUAGCAAUCUCUUCCUGAUGGCAUCAAUUUCCGCCGCCACCGUGGCGAUACCGCAAACGUCGGCGGACCACCGGAAGCCACUUGUCGGCUCCAACGCCUUCUUCCACCCACUCAAGAGGCUCCCUGCCCGGGCUGCAGCUUCUAAGAUUAGAGCGAGCGUCCGGGCGUCAUCGGUGAAGGAAAAGGCAGUGGCCGGUCUGACAGCGGCGGUGGUGGCGGCAGCCACGGUGAUACCGGACGUGGCAGAGGCAGCCCAGCCAGGGGUCUCACCAUCACUCAAGAACUUCCUGCUCAGCAUUGUGGCUGGUGGAGUUGUGCUCGGCAUCCUCGUCGGAGCAGUCAUCGGCGUCGCUAACUUCGACCCUGUGAAACGGAGCUGAAAUAGAAAAACAGUGCUACGAAAAAUGAAUCAUAUUAUAAUUGUAUGCGAUAUCACCAGUUUCUUGUUUGUUCUUAACGCUGGUGAACAAGCCAUUGCGUUAUGAGCUUUACCGUUUGUAAUUUCGUGCCCUUGUAGAACAUUGGAAUGCUAACGUUUCUCAU